CCGCUCCAUGAAGCAAAGGUCGUGGGCGUUUCAGCUCAGUAGCAUGUAGGUUUACCACUUAACCAAGGAGAAGCAAGCGAAGAUGAGAGUGCACCACCAGCAGCAGGCAGCGGGCCGUCGUCGUUGUCACCCUCGCUCCACAAGCCUAUGUCGACAGUAUUGGGCUACGCUGUUUCCUCCAAUAUCGAGGACGUGGACGUUGCAGGCUCAUCGUUCUCUGUCACAGCGUACACAGUUGAAGUCAACGAGAACGAGCCGUCCGUGGCACACGAUUCGAUGUCGCUAGAUGCACCCUCGGCCCCGGACGAUACGAUCGUCAUCGCAGCUCCUCACCAGCCGCUAGGAAUCGAUCCGGCUCUUGAUGCGUCGAGUGCGACCCUAGGGAGACAUCUGUCCUCGCUAUCAACGUCGAUGGCGAGGACCAGCUCUGCUCCCCAGGGCAGCCUAGGAAACGGAAACAUGUCCAGCACGUCCCUUGCCGAUGUGCAUUCGCUGAGUGCAAGCGUGGCCCCUGCUGGUCAAGCAACGUCGCCCUUUCGAUCACCAACCGAGCUUCCUUUGGAAGACGACGCUGAGGUGCUGAGUGAUGGCGCUUCUACAUAUGUCACCGCUCGAAGGGACGUAGGAAGCACUGCAAGUGGCCGCGCGAGCCAUCCUCCCCCUCGCAUCUCGGCAUCAGCCAAUCAGGCUCGGAUCAUAAAUGAAACCACCCAUGAAGCAAGCUCGACGUUUUCAAAUGGCCUCAACAGCGCGCUGGGCUCAACUGGCGACGAUCUCGUAUCAGCUUCAACCUCCACUGCGUCACAGCCGCUUCAUGCGGCUUCGGGGCAGAACCGCAGUGGGCAUGGGUACAAGGGAUCGGCGGGCUCGGCUAUUGCACUGGGUCACUCCACCUCGUACACAUCGCACGCCUCGAGCGAAGGCCCAAACCAGAACCCGAAAGGGAACCAGUCGAGUUUUCGAUCCCAGUCGUCCAAAGGCAACAAGCGGGCCCUGAACGAGGAGUCUGUACAGGUACCAGAAAGCCCAUCCAAUAAGCUUACCGCGAUUGGGACAGCCUCGGAAGCCGCGAAUGCGGCCAGCGCUGCAGGCAGCACACCAGUUAGCGGCGGGGGCUCCUAUCCUCACUACCCUUGGUCAACAGUCCGUGUGUCUGCUCCUAGGCUGCCCUCGGCGCCAGGCGUCUCCCCUGCACCACCACCAGCAAUGUACUGGUCACGAGCGCCAGUACACGGGACUGUUCCCAAGCGCGCAUUCCGCGCUCACACUGCGAAUUUAGUCGAAGAAGUUCUCUGGCUUUUUGGGGGCUGUGACUCGAAGGGAUGCUUCAGGGAGUUAUGGUGUUUUGACACGGAGACCAUGUGUUGGUCAAAGCCGAAGGUUACCGGGGACGUGCCGCCUCCGCGUCGAGCGCAUUCAUCGUGUAUGAUGGAUCGUAUGCUCUUCGUCUUUGCUGGUGGCGAUGGGCCGCACUAUUUCAACGAUCUUUACGUCUUCGACACAGUAUCCCUUCGCUGGACCAAACCGGUUGUGUACGGCGCGACCCCAUCACCACGGCGCGCCCAUACUGCGAAUGCGUAUGAAGGUCAUAUGAUUGUCUUUGGUGGAGGAAAUGGGGUCGGCGCGCUGAAUGACGUGUAUAGCAUGGACUGUUCAAAUCUGAGCAGCCUGGAGUGGAAGAAGUGGGACUGCAAAGGCAAGAUUCCCAUCGGUCGAGGGUAUCAUACCAGCAAUGUCGUAGACGGCAAGCUAAUUGUGAUCGGAGGCAGCGACGGCCACAUGAGCUUCAAUGAUAUACACGUACUCAAGCUGGAUUCAAAGGUCUGGUACCAGGUCAAGACCGAUGAGAUACACAAUCGACUAGGGCACACCGCUACCCAAGUUGGCUCGUAUCUCUUUGUAGUCGGCGGACACGAUUCGCACUCGUACACGUCAGAGAUUCUCACACUGAACUUGGUAAACUUGCAGUGGGAGGUCCGCAGAGUAUGUGGACGCCAGCCACCUGGUCGAGGAUACCACCAAGCCUGGCUGCGCGAUUCGCGACUUUUUGUGCAUGGCGGGUUCGACGGCAAAGAGAUCUAUGACGACCUGUACUACAUUGACCUGGCCGCUUGCGCAUACCUGCCGCAGAUCACCAGCUUCAGCGUUGAGGUAAGUACAUGCCGUGGCCAUCUUGCCACAUCACGGCUGAUUAUGGCCUGAUGCCAUGCUUGCGAUUAUGUUUGACAGUUGGAAGAAUAGGCAGGCUAGAGAGAACCCCGAGAGGCAAACCCAACACGCCUCGGCUUGGCCGGUAUUUCUUGUAUGCGACAGACAUAUUCUCGUGCAAUCCCGUCGUCUCAAUAAUCAUUUCUAUCCUAUGGUACGGGUGAGAAUAUAGCGUCAUGGUUUAAUCUAUUUCUGUCGUUG